UCAUCUUUUCCGUGAAGCCCAGUGUCAUCUGUCAAUCAUUCUCAGUGGAGGAGGGGAGACCCGCUUUACGAUCGGAGAGAGAGCCAAGAAGCUAUUUUGGAAAACAAAAUAUGACGCGUGAUGCUUACUUUGUCUGUAGUCUGGACGUUUGCGCAGGAAACGUUGGUAUCGAUCCCUCUUUCAGAAGCAACCUUUGCACAACUCCAGCGCUGAACUGACCCUCGUUUGUGAGGCAGUCCGGCGUAAAAUGAUUAGCACAGACAUAUAGGACUUUUCAAUAUAUUGCUUUUCCUGUCCAAAAAGACCAUAAACUUUGCAGGAAUGCAGAGCGGUUCAUUCCAUCUCUAUGUAAAGUGUUUGGACCCAGAAUGAAGGCAGAUCAGGUGACUCCUCUGCUCCAGGCUUUGGACUUCACCAUGACUCUGAAUGGAAAAUUACCCAGCAGCACCUGCAGAUCUGUGGGGAGAGUUCUGGAUCUUUCAGCCUCAAAACUAAACCUGACUCUAAAGCCACAAGCCAUUUCUCUCAGAGGACUCAAACUGAUCUUCAAACACAUCAAACACCUGCAGAGUUUGGAAGACAGAAUGUUAGUGAAGAUGGUCAGAGCAUCAUUUAAGGGUCCAUUUCCACUGACCACAGAUGAGCUUUCACUGAUCACAAAAGACUCAAAGCAAAAUCUUGUCACUUACUAAUGACAAAGUGCUCAUUCGUAUACACAGUCAUUCCUUAAAUGUUGAGCCCCAGCUUUAUUCUGUCCAUCAUUAUGGAGAUUUAUGAGACUCAUUUUCCUCAGUAUGUGUCCAGUCUGAUGAGUUCAAUAGGAAACGACAUCAACCUGAAUGGCCGAGUGUUGGACCCUGUUCACUGCGCUGCCCUGCACUUCACUCUACAGCACUGCAACACUGUCAAACUCAAUCUGCUCUGGACCUCCAUACCAGAGGAGGCGCAAGAGAGCUUUCUGCCUUUACUCAGCAGUCACACAACUCAGGUUUAUACUGAUAUAACAGCACUGAUAUCAUAAUAAACAUGACUGUUUAGUAAUGCAUGUGUGUGAUUUUGCUGAAGCUGCUUCAUUGCUGCAGUUCCUCUGAUCUCCAGCAGGAGGCAGCAGAUGCCCUUCUCUCGGCUCAUCACCACAGACUGGACUUCUCCUGCUGCUCUGCUCUGGAUUUAACAGACAAACAGGAAAACCAAGAACAUUUGAAACUAACCAAAAAAGACUGUAGAAUGAUCUCAUCUGUGCUUCAGAAAACUCAAACUAUUGUGAAGUUGAUCUUACAGGACUGUGAGCUCUCUGAUGAGGCCCUGAAACAACUUUGGCCAGUCCUGCCUCAAGUCCAGCUGAGCUGUAGUAAAGCUCUGCUGCUGCAGUUUCUGGCUUGUAUUAGUAAAGAUGGAGCAGAGAGAGGCUCUUUGAGGAGCGCUGAGGCUCUUUCACAGGCUUUGGGAGGAGAACUGGACCUCAGUCACACUCAGAUGGACCAGAGAGCUUGUGAAGAGCUGGCACUGUUUCUGGAAUAUUCUGAAGGACUGACAGAACUGGAUCUCAGUCACUGCAAACUCACUGAUCACUGCAUGGAGCCGCUGCUGCCACAUCUGCACAAAACCCAGACUCUGGACCUGAGUCACAAUAAUAUCACAGAUGAAUCAGCAAAGAGCAUCCACAGUGUCGUCUGCACUCACAGCAAUAUUCAGACUGUACGACUUUUCAGAAACAAAAUCAGUGAUAGAAAGCAGUUCAUCAGAGACCAGCGAUUUGAAAUAUGUGUAUUAUGCAAGAAUUAUUUCUUGGGAAUGUAAUACUAGUAUCUUCACUGGCUACCGUUCACCGCUCACAUCAAGUUCAAGACAUUAAAGUUUGCGUACAGUACAGCCACAAGCUGCUCACCCUCUUAC